CCCCGUCGACGAACACGAACACGACAACCCCAACGAAUCACCGCUGCAUCUGUCACACAACACAUCCCCGCGAGACUCGAUUGCCGAUCACAUAAAGCCCGCCUCCCGCCCUCGCCGUCCCUCUUUCCCCUCCGUCCCUCUCCAACUCUGAACCAUGCCGCAAGCUCAGUCUGCCGCAGACCCCCUCGGCCGCUCUGUCCAACAUCCCGAUGGCGAAGGCGAGCCCACCGCCGCGCCUGCGCCCCCCGCGACCCCCGCGGAAACCGCCGCCGCCUCGCGCACCCGUGCGUUCAGUCACUCCCACAUCGGCUCGGACCACCCGAAGCGCCCGCCGCUGUUCCAGGCGGACACGCAUGUCCGCUCGCGCCGCAUGUCGCACGACGAGAAGGGGUCGGCCCCGCGCCGUUUCCUGAUCGACGUCGAGGAGACGAUCCGCGUCGUGCUCGAGCAGGAAGAUACCGACGGCGACUUCCAGAUCUCCAUCACCGAUGCCGGGCCCAAGCUCAUGGCGCUCGGCACGGCGACCAGCAAUGGCUACAAGAGUUUCGACAUCCGGGGCACGUACAUGCUCUCCAACCUUCUUCAAGAACUCGCCCUCGCCCGCGAUCACGGCCGAAAACGGAUCGUGCUCGACGAGUCCCGCCUGACCGAGAACCCGGUCGACCGCCUCUCGCGCAUGAUCCGGCACUCCUUCUGGCACUCGCUCACCCGCCGCAUCGACGGCGACGGCCUCGAGAUCAUCUGCGCCGACCCCAAGAACCGGACGGGGCGCGUCAACCCCCGCAUCUACGUCCCCGCCGGCGAACCCGCCAUGGCCGACUACUACCGCCGCGUCGCCCGCGAACGCCCGCACCUCAACCUCGACGUCCAGGUCCUCCCGCCCAAGUGCGAUGACCCGGUGUUCGUGAAGAGCCUGAACGGCAAGCCCGGCUUGCUCGCGCUUGCGAUGAACGAGGUCGACGACGGCAAGGGCGGCAAGACGCUCAAGGGUAUCCCCUUCGUCGUCCCAGGCGCACGUUUCAACGAGCUGUACAACUGGGACUCGUACUUCAUCUCCCUCGGCCUGCUCGUCGAUGGCCAGGUCAACAUGGCCAAAGGCAUGGUCGAACACUUUAUCUUCGAGAUCAAGCACUACGGCAAGAUCCUCAACGGCUCGCGCUCCUACUACCUCUGUCGAUCCCAGCCGCCCUUCCUGACCGACAUGGCCCUCCAAAUCUACAACCAGCUCGACCGCUCCGACCUCGAGGCGAACCGGCAAUGGCUCAAGCGCGCGAUCCAGGCAGCGAUCAAGGAGUACCAUACCGUGUGGAUGGCGGAGCCCCGGCUCGACCCCAAGACGGGGCUCUCGCGCUACCGCCCGGGCGGGCUCGGCAUCCCGCCCGAGACGGAAGCGACGCACUUUACGCACGUCCUCGAGCCGUUCGCGGCCAAGCGCGGGCUGAGCGUGAACGAGUUCAGCGAGAAAUAUAACGAGGGCGCCAUCUCCGAGCCGGAGCUGGACGAGUACUUUUUGCACGACCGCGCCGUGCGCGAGUCCGGGCACGACACCACGUACAGGUUCGAGAAGCGGUGCGCGAACCUGGGCACGAUCGACCUCCAGGCGCUGCUCUACAAGUACGAGGUCGAUAUCGGGACCGCGAUCAGGGAGGUGUUCGACGACGAGUUCGAGGUCGAGGAGGAGUUUGACCUCGCGCCGUGGCCCGUGACGGAGGAGAGGUAUAAGAGCCCGCGGAGGGAGAAGAGCACGAGCCGGACGCAGCGCAGCGCGGAGUGGUUCGAGCGCGCGGCGUGGCGGCAGGAAGUGAUCGACAAGUAUCUGUGGAACGAGAGCAAGGGGCUGUACUUUGAUUACGACACGGUUCAGGAGAAGCAGAGCUUGUACGAGUCGGUGACGGCGUUUUGGGCGCUGUGGGCCGGGUGCGCGAGCGAGGAGCAGGCGCUCAAGCUGGUGAACCAGUCUCUGAAGAAGUUUGAGGUGCUCGGCGGGUUGGUCUCAGGUACGGAAGAGUCGCGCGGGAAGAUUUCGCUCGACCGACCGAAUCGGCAGUGGGACUAUCCGUAUGCAUGGCCUCCGCAUCAGAUCAUGGCGUGGGUUGGUCUUGAGCGGUACGGAUAUCUUGAAGAUGCGCAACGUUUGGCGUACCGCUUCUUGUACAUGAUGACCACCGCCUUCGUCGACUUCAACGGUGUCGUGCCGGAGAAGUUCGAUGCGGUAAAGCUCUCCCACUUGGUGGACGCCGAGUACGGGAACCAGGGCAUCGACUUCAAGAUGGUGCCCCGAGAAGGCUUCGGCUGGAUGAACGCUGCAUAUCAAGUCGGAUUGUCAUUCUUGACCACGAACAUGCGCCGCGCCGUGGCUGCAUGCACAAGCCCCGAAGUCGUGUUCGGUCUGGGAGGCCCGAACCAGAACGAUAGCAACGUGCAGACGCGCGCGGCAGCCGUCACGACCGACCCGCUGGACCUUGCUAUGGACAACCUCGCGAUAUCGCCUUCGAACUGAACCGCGCUCGAGCCAAUUGCCCUGUGGCUAUGACAUACCUUAUUACGGCGUUCUUCGGACUCAUAAUCAAUUCAAAAGGGCUGGAAGUCACCUCUAGAAGCGCAAGCCGUUUGCUUGCAUGAUACGCCUCCUUCUGUCUCUCCCUGUAGAUGAUCAACUUGGCGGACAUUCCUUUCUUCACUUGCACCCCCGCUUCUACACUUUGCACUCUUCGCGCAGUUCGUCGGUCCGCUGGAAGGUUGAGAAGACGCAUUACGUAGACUAGUAGAACGCAAGUGUCUGUAUAUUAUUCGUUACAAUGUAAAAAGUAAGGAGCUUUAUUACAGUGGAUCGAUCUAUAUACGUAAAGUG